AUGGCAAAGAUAAGGUGGACUAAGAAGAGAAGAACGAAAUCACUGAAGGAUAUAACUUCUCCUCCUUUAAAAGAAGCUACUGGUGUUUCUCAACCGGAAGCAGAGUCUGUUGAAGAUGGAGAUGCGAACCACAACGAAGAUGAAGAUGCGAUCCCUAAUGAAGAUGGAGAUGUGAACCGCAACGAAGAUGAAGAGAACGAGAAGUCUCACGAGAGCCGUGAGAGCCCCAUUGAAGAUGCGAACCCAGUUGAAGAGAACCAGAACGAAGAGGUCUCUCCAGGGAACGAAAGUGUAGAUGAAGAGAACCAGAAUCAGGAGGCUUCCCACAACGAAAGUGAAGAUGAAGAGAACGGAAACGAAGAAGCCUCCGAGAACCAAAGUGAAGAGGAAGAGAACUCAGAGGAGGAAGCGGCAAACGUGGAUGGAAAUGUAGUACAAAGAGAGGAAGAGAACUCAAAGGAGGAAGAGAACUCAGAGGAGGAAGCGGCAAACUUGGAUGGAAAUGGAGUACAAGGAGAGGAAGAGAACUCAGAGGAGCAAGCGGCAAACUUGGAUGGAAAUUCCAGAGUAGGAGAGGAAGAGAGGUCAGAAGAAGUAGAUCUCGGUAGAGAUGGAGGAAGUAGCAGUGAAACCGAAAGCGAGGAUUCCGACAAUGAGGCGUUAAAACCCUUGGGCAUGUACUUCCAACCGUCUGAGUAUAGGAAGAAGAUCAAGAUCUCGACUAGGUGUUUCAUUGAUGAUGUAAUGAAAACCUUUGGCGAAUUAGUCCCUCCAAUAACUCCGGUAGAGAAGAAUUGGUUUGUGAAUCAUCCACAGUUCAAGCACAUAUUCCACAUGCCACAGGCUGGAAACCACAAGGUAAUGGGCAUGUGGAUGCUCCUUCUCCGAACCACUCGCAUUGCAAAGGAAAAAGAGGCAUGGUUUGCCGUGAAUGGUUGUCCGAUCCGCUAUGGUAUCAGAGAACAUGCUUUGAUAUCUGGAUUGAACUGUCAGAACUAUCCAUUAAACUACAAGGAGGCCGGAGACACGAAGUUUGUGAGGAGAUGUUUUGGGAGGGGAAUAAUAAGAUAUCAAGACGUGAAAGCUAAAGUUCUUGAGGGAAUGGAACCUUCUCGUGAUAGGUUGAGGCUGUUGGUGUUGUAUUUUCUAUCGAGUGUUCUUCUUGGACAGACAAAGAGCGGAAAUGAAGCCCCACCCGUGGAUCCAUUCUUGCUGAGAGCAAUUGAUGAUCAGAAUUUAUGUAGAACUUUCCCUUGGGGUAGACUGUCCUUUGAUUACAUGAUGAAAGAAAUUGCACACACUAUGGCUCAUUUCGAUGGGGAGGUGAAAGAAGGUGUGAUAUGGCCAAUUCCCGGUUUCUGUCUUCCAAUGGAGAUGCUAGCAUUUGAGGCUAUUCGUGAAUUGGGUAGUAAAUUCAGAGAGACUGUUGAUGACCCAGACCCAACAUGUCCAAGGAUGUGCCAAACAAAGUUCAAGCAAAGUGAGAUGAAGGGAUUUCCGCUAUGGAAAAUAAACAAAGCACUUGGUAAUACUCAGGACAUUGAUAACGUUUUGGCUGUCAGAGGAGAAGAGGAACGGAGUCUACUAGAGCGGAUAACAGAACCAGAGGAUAACAGAGAUAAGGAUGAUGCAAUUGUCGAUAGCUGGAUGAAGAGGGUGGCUCGUGAAUAUGUUGUAAGAUUUGACGAUAUGUUUGCGGAGGAUGUGGCAGCCCGAGAAGCCCCUCCCCCUCCCCCUCAGACUGGUGGAAACGACAUUGAAGCCAAUGAAUCAGCAGAGAACUCGGUGCAGCUAAAAGAAAUAUUAGAGGCCGUUAAGAAAUUCAGAGAAGAUGUUGGAGAGCGGAUGGACAGGAUGGAGAAUAAGGUUGGAGAAGUUGAUUUAAGACUUGCAGUGUCAAAGGCUUAUAUUCACGAGCAGAUAGCACUUGGUAAGAGGAGUAAUCAGGAGAGGCCUGAUAAGGAGGUUGGCUGUAAUAAGAGGUCAAAGAAAAAGUGAGAAGGUUAUGUCUCCUUUUGGUUUGUU